CCCUCAACAUUCGCGAAGCGUCUCUCCCUAUUGUCCGCUGUUCUAUUGUUGUUCCAAGACACUCAUUCACAGCGUGCGCAACGCGUCGCUGCCCUUCUUCCAUUGUGCGCGCUUUCCUGAUAUAACUUUCAGUCUACCACUUUACAACUCGACCCAAGAGUUUUCUCGCACACACCAAAAACAGCCCACUCUUUUCAACAACCACAAUCACUGAUCCGUGCCGGCCACCGAUCUUCCACCACAAACACCACUUGCUCUUGACAGCAAAGAUGUUUUCGCCACGCAGCCUUGCGCUGCUCGCAACCGCACUCUCAGGAUUGCUUUCAUUCUCACCCGCCGCUCAAGUCGCCGCCGCGCCCGCUGCACAAGCCGACAGCGCCGCAACAGCCGCCAGCAGCUACUGGCUGGGUACCAUCUCGCGUGAAGGCGGAACUGUUUGGGGCAACAACGACACCGACUACAAGAUCUUCCGCAAUGUCAAGGACUUCGGAGCCAAGGGCGACGGUGUUACUGACGAUACUGAAGCCAUCAACACCGCCAUCUCCAGCGGCAAGCGCUGUGGCCAGGACUGUGAAUCCUCAACUAUCCUGCCAGCGAUUGUUUACCUGCCACCCGGUGUUUACAAAGUCAGCAAGCCGAUCAUCAUGUACUACUACACUCAAUUGAUUGGCGAUGCGGUCGAGAAGCCCACCAUCCAAUCCACACCCGACUUCGCAGGUAUGGCAGUUCUCGACAGCGACCCGUACGACGACACUGGCAAGAAUUGGUUUAUCAACCAGAACAACUUCUUCCGACAGGUUCGCAACCUCAAGCUCGACCUCACCCAAACGAAAGCGGGAACUGGUAUCCACUGGCAGGUCGCCCAGGCUACAUCACUUCAGAACAUUGAUUUUAUCAUGACGGAGAGUGCCGAUAGCGAGCAGCAAGGCAUUUUCAUGGACAACGGCUCGGGAGGCUGGUUUAGUGACCUCACUUUCACUGGUGGCAAAUUUGGCGCUUUCCUCGGCAGUCAGCAGUUUACAUCUCGAAACCUCGUGUUCAAGAACGUGAGAACCGCAAUCUACAUGAACUGGAACUGGGGCUGGACGCUUUCCAACGUCUCUAUCUCUGGUAGCACCGUUGGCAUCGACAUGUCCGUUUCCCCUGCUAAUCAGAGCGUUGGUUCGGUGCUGCUGAGCGACAGCGUUAUCGAGAACACGGAGUACGGCGUCAAUUCCUCCUUCUCGCUGACCAACAAUGUCCCACUUACUGGCGGUUCUCUGGUUCUGGACAAUGUUGACAUGUCUGGCGUCAAGCAGGCCGCCGUCUGGUCCAGUAAAGACCAGAAGUCGAUUUUGGCACCUGGCAAGAUCUCAAGCUGGGUUCAAGGCACAAGUCACGUCAAUGCUGCCAGCGGAAACCGCACCCAGAGCUCUACAUCAACCUUGAAGAAGUCAGCGCUACUCGUCGACUCUGAGGGAAAGGUCUACGGCAGAAGCAAGCCUCAGUAUGAGAACGUCCCCGCUUCCAACUUCAAGUCUGCCAAGGCUGCUGGUUGCAAGGGCGACGGCGAAGCCGACGACACCCAGUGCAUCAGAGACUUGUUCGGAUCUGUUGCGAGCGAUCCAAACGCCAUUGCUUACUUUGAUCACGGCGCCUACCUCAUCAAGGACACAAUCACGCUUCCCAGCUCAAUCAAAAUCACCGGAGAGAUCUGGCCGCUCCUUGUUGCAGACGGCGAAUCCUUCAACGACGCUGAGAACCCUAAACCCGUCUUUCAGGUCGGCGCUCGUAACGGCGAUGGUAAGGGCGAGGUUGAGAUCACCGAGCUCAUGUUUGAGACCAAGGGCGCUGCUCCGGGAGCUAUCAUGAUUGAGUGGAAUUUGAACUCCGACCCGCUUAAAUCAGGCAUGUGGGACAGUCAUGUCCGCAUUGGCGGCUCCUACGGCACUCAGCUGUCCGAAGGCGAAUGUCCAGGCUGGCCAACAACCGAACCCACCGACAAGUGUCAAGGCGUUUUCCUCAUGUUCCACGCUCGACCAGAGUCAGGCGGCCUCUACCUUGAAAACACAUGGUUUUGGGUUGCUGAUCACGACUUGGAGGUGAAGAACCAGACUCAAAUCUCUAUUUACAGCGCUCGCGGAACAUUGAUCCAGUCGCAAGGACCGGCAUGGCUGUGGGGCAGUGCCUCCGAACAUUCAGUGAUCUACAAUUAUCAGAUCGAUGGCGCAAAGGCUGUGUUUGGAGGUUUCAUGCAAACCGAAACUCCUUACUUCCAACCGAACCCGGAGGCCACGGAGCCAUUCUCGGUGAACACAGAAUACCACGACCCAGACUUCUCCAACUGCAAUGCGACAGGAUCUCCUGAUGUCCCAUGCGCAGAUGCUUGGGGUCUCAUUGUGAAGGACACUGAGAGCUUGCUUGUCUAUGCUGUGGGAAUGUACUCAUUCUUCAACAACUAUCAGCAAGCAUGCGUUCCGCUUCACAAUUGCCAGGAAAACAUGAUCAAGAUCCAAAAUUCAACGGUAGACAUGUACACCGUCACCACGAAGGCCGCCAUAAACAUGAUUCUUGACGAUUCCAUUCAAGGCGCCGUCCUUGCUGCGCCCAACCGCAACAUUUUCGGAGACACAAUCGCCUACUACCACUCGGGCUCUUCUUAGGGAGAUGCGCCCGAGCCAGAUGGUGCGAGCAGUGUUUCCUCGAGCGGAUACCCAAUUAGCGAUGUGACCACAGCUCGCAGUAGCAGUACUGUGAGCAGCAUCGCCACUCUCGUCGCGAACAGUGCUGCCAGUAUCACCGCCGGUGUCACUGCCAUUGCUCAUACCGGAGGAGCGCCGGACAUUGUCACAGUCGUCUUCACCGCGACUAAGACCGCGACAGUCGCCGCCACUCCUGUUACCUCACCCGCCUGCUAGGCAGGUUGGUGGUCUUCACUUUCGACGUACACAUUAAGAUAGAGAGUCUCUGGUCGACUUCUCUUGCAGAAGCGCAGAGUGUGACAGCCACGACAGACAUGAUUAUACCCAGCGCCAAAGUCUGGCUGCGGAUGACCGGAGUUGGUCCGGGCAAGGGAGUCAAGGCGUUUUGUUUUGUUUGGC